CCGAAGAAGCCGGAGCCGCGGACUCUGGGUGGGUUUUCGGGACAGAACUACCAGGCACCUACUCUGCUCUGGGGGAAGGGGGAUUCGGUGAACUAUGAAGGGCCGGCGGCGGCGGCGCCGAGAGUAUUGCAAGUUCACGCUGCUCUUGGCGCUGUACACGCUUCUGCUACUGCUUGUCCCCUCUGUACUGGACAGUGGCAGCGAGCAGGACAAGGGCCAGGGACUGCCCGGCCUGCAGCGCAGUUUGGGUGUGUGGAGCCUGGAGGCGGCGGCGGCCGGGGAACGUGAGCAGGGCGCAGAGGUGCGGUUCCAGGCCGAAGGAAACCCGGAUCGAUCCCCCCGGCCCCGGGGCAACCUCAGCGCCGUCGGUGAGUCCGUGACCCAGGAGAAGCAACACAUCUAUGUGCAUGCCACCUGGCGCACCGGCUCGUCCUUCUUGGGUGAACUCUUUAACCAGCACCCGGACGUUUUCUACUUGUACGAGCCCAUGUGGCAUCUGUGGCAGGCACUGUAUCCGGGCGACGCGGAAAGCCUGCAGGGCGCGCUGAGAGACAUGCUGCGUUCCCUCUUCCGCUGUGAUUUCUCUGUGCUCCGCCUGUACGCGCAGCCCGGGGACCCCGCAGAGCGAGCACCGGACUCGGCCAACCUCACCACGGCCAUGCUUUUCCGUUGGCGGACCAACAAGGUCAUCUGCUCGCCGCCUCUGUGCCCCGCCGCGCCCCGGGCGCGCGCGGACGUGGGCCUCGUCGAGGACAAAGCCUGUGAAAGUACCUGCCCGCCCGUGCCGCUCCGCGCCCUGGAGGCCGAGUGCCGCAAGUACCGGGUGGUGGUCAUCAAGGACGUGCGGCUGCUCGACCUGGGCGUGCUGGUCCCCCUGCUGCGUGACCCAGGCCUCAACCUGAAGGUAGUGCAGCUCUUCCGAGACCCACGGGCAGUGCACAACUCGCGCCUCAAGUCGAGGCACGGACUGCUGCGCGAAAGCAUCCAGGUGCUGCGCACACGCCAGAGAGGUGACCGCUUCCAGCGGGUGCUACUGGCGCACGGCGUGGGUGCCCGUCCCGGAGGCCAGGCCCGGGCGCUGCCCUCCGCGCCACGCGCCGAUUUCUUCUUAACCAGUGCGCUCGAGGUGAUCUGCGAGGCCUGGCUGCGGGAUCUGCUCUUCACCCGCGGUGCGCCCGCCUGGCUGAGGCGUCGCUACCUGCGGCUGCGUUAUGAGGACUUGGUGUGGCAGCCCCAAGUCCAGCUGCGCCGCCUGCUGCGCUUCUCCGGGCUGCGGACACUCGCCGCGCUUGAUGCCUUCGCAUUCAAUAUGACCCGCGGCUCGGCCUAUGGAGCCGAUAGGCCCUUCCACUUGUCUGCGCGGGACGCCCGAGAGGCUGUGCACGCGUGGCGCGAGCGUCUGAGCCAAGAGCAGGUGCGCCAGGUGGAGGCCGCUUGCGACCCCGCCAUGCGACUGCUCGCCUACCCUCACAGCGGGGAUGAACGCGAUGUGAAGACCGUCAGGAAAGGGGAGACACCACUGGAAACCAAGGCCAACUGGGCCACAUAGCACCCUGAUCCCUGAACCCUGCCCCGGGGCAUAU